CCGUGCCCAUUUCCGGUCGCGAUUAAGGGUUUCAGCAGAAGUGAUUAGCACAAACAGGGAAAGAGAAAACGAAGUUUUCAAACAUGUGGGAUGUAGUCGUAUUAUUCAACGGUUACUCGAAACGUCUCAGUGACGACAGAACAGAUGCCAACGGCACGUGUACGCUUAUCAAAGGACCGAAAACCAUUAUCGUGGAUACAAUGACUGCCUGGGACCGAGAACGUCUAGUCGAGGCUUUGGAGAAACACAAUGUACAACCACGGAAUGUCGAUUACGUUGUUUGCACGCACGGCCACGCAGAUCACAUUGGAAACAAUAAUUUAUUUCUCAAUGCAGAACACAUCGUUGGCUAUGGUGUUCACCGGGGGACAAUAUUUUAUGAGAAACGGCUUGAGAAUGAAGAUUACCAACUCUGCAAUGGUAUUAGCAUUACCGCAACACCUGGGCAUACUUAUGAGGAUGUCACAGUUCUAGUGGAAGCUGGUACAACGAGAGAGACUGUCAAGUAUGCAAUAACAGGUGACUUGUUUGAGAAGGAAGAAGACAUUGCAGAUCCAUCAUUAUGGAAAGAAGUUGGUACCUUUGCACUCCGGAAAAUUCAGGCUUCCUCACGUUUGCGAAUAAUGAAAUAUGCUGAUUACAUUAUCCCUGGACACGGCCCAAUGUUCCAAACCAGUGACGCUUUGGUUCGUUUGCUGGAAAACCAGAUUGACGGAGAAUGAUCGCUUAUGGCAUUAACGAAGAAUUUCCAGAGGUCUGUGAAGCAAGUUUUCGUUAAAACAAACGAGAGAAUAACAUUUUAUUCAUUGUUGAUGUAAUCAGCGUAAACUGUACAAAGCGAGCUAAGAAAAAUUCUCUGCGUUUUACA